GCCAGAGCCUCCUCCAGUCUCCACAUCCCCGCCUCCCCUCCCUUCCCGCGCCGCGAAUGCUUGCAAGGCACCUAACCUAACCAGGACCUGGUUUAGUGGAGUGGUGACUUGCCGUCGCGUCGCGUACCACUGCCGCUAUUAUAUAUCGGCCGUCAGUGUCCCCCGGCCUAGCCCGAUCGCGGCAUCUCGUUUUCAGUUUGAUUCGAGUGCCGGGGAGGGGGGCGAUCGAUGGCGAAGGGCAACGGCGCUGCCAUGGCCGCCGCGGCGGUCCUCGCCCUGGCCGCGCUCCUGUGUUCGCCGGCCGCCGGGGAGCUGGCCCGGCUGGAGCACACGGCCAAGAACGGCGGGUCGCUCAGCCUCCUCGUCGUCGGCGACUGGGGACGCAAGGGCACGUACAACCAAUCCAGGGUCGCCGAGCAGAUGGGGAAAGUCGGUGAGCAGCUCGACAUCGACUUCGUCAUAUCCACCGGCGACAACUUCUACGAGAACGGCCUGACGGGCACAGAUGACCAGGCGUUCGAGCAAUCCUUCACCGACAUCUACACGGCGAAGAGCCUGCAAAAGCCCUGGUACCUCGUUCUGGGAAACCAUGACUACAGGGGUGAUGUGCUUGCACAGCUCAGCCCAGUCCUGCAAAAGAUUGACAGCCGGUUCAUUUGCAUGAGGUCGUUUAUUGUUAACGCAGAAAUUGUGGAUUUCUUCUUUGUUGACACGACUCCAUUUCAACUGAAGUACUGGACUCACCCUAAAGAUGAUCAUUAUGAUUGGAGAGAAGUGGCGCCUCGAGAAAAAUACUUAGCCAAUUUGUUGAAGGAUUUGGACGAGGCCAUGAAGAAAUCAACUGCAACGUGGAAGAUUGCCGUGGGACAUCAUACCAUGAGGAGUGUCAGUGAUCAUGGUGACACCAAGGAGCUUCUGCAGCUACUUCUUCCGGUCCUCCAGGCCAACGGCGUCGACUUCUACAUCAAUGGGCACGACCACUGCCUGGAGCACAUUAGCAGCAGGGACAGCCCGAUCCAGUACUUCACAAGCGGAGGCGGUUCGAAAGCAUGGAGAGGAGUGUUCCAGCCCAACGAAGAUAACCUUGAGUUCUUCUAUGACGGGCAAGGGUUCAUGUCCCUCCAGCUCGACCAAAACCAAGCCGAGUUCACCUUUUAUGACGUCGAUGGGAAUGAGCUGUACCAAUAUACGCGGUCGAGCCCGAUGGAAACGAGCCACCUCCGGCCGUCCGGCUACGCCACAGAGGAAUGAGUCGGAUGGAGAUCACCACGAGAGAUUAGAGAUCGGUUCAGGUAUCCGACAUCACUGUAAAAUUUGAUUGUGGCAUUGUGAUAAGCGGCGGAGAAGUGAUCUGAGAGAAAAAUGUACUAGUACUGAAGUAUGGCGUGUAGUUCAUCCAUCCACGGAGAAGGAAUACCUAGGUUCGGUUUAUGUCGUCGUCGCUUCAUUGUCGCUUCGAGCAUUUGUCACUGCCACAGUCGAGCAUGAGGAAAACGAGGCACCAUUUUCCAUCA